AUGAAGCUGCGUCUGGCUACUUUGCUGGUUUCAUUGGUACUUGCUGGUAGCCCACUUGCAAAACCCUUGUUUCUUCACUCGGACGCUGCGGCCCCGCAGGAAGCUGCUGCACGAACGUAUGCAGAUUACCCGCAAAUGUACGAAUCUGCGAGGGAACAAUACCCCCCAAAAUCAAUUGCUGAUGUUCAACACCCAUCGCUGCUUCGUGAUUCAUUAUCAACUAAAACAAAUGGGCUUGAGCCUAAGGAAGAAAGCACCGAACUCGUCUUUUUAGAGGGUCUAGAUGAUCCAGCUGCACCGGGAUUGGGUCACAUGACACUCAAGAUCUGCUGGGGAGAUCUGAUUCCCGAACCCAAGGAUCUAAAAAAGCUCUACCAAACCUUCGUAUACAAGGACGGCGCGCAAAAUGAACAUCAUCUUUUCAAAGCAGUCGUUUUUCAUAGCAGGGAUCGCAAGCUUGCUGCACUGCACAUUCAAAGCCUCUCUGACAGACCAAUACGCUUCAAGCUAUGGCUUCCCCGCAGGCGCCCUAAAACUCACCCCGACUGGGACGUACCAGUCCACGCAGACGCAGGGAUAUACAAACCUACUUACACAGAGGAAACGAUACUUCUUCCCAAAACGAAGCGUACCAUUUCGAUCGAACCGGAUCUGAGGUGGCCACACAGAAACGGCCCUACGAUAUUUGUCAUGGGAUGUCUCGAACCAGGCGAGUGGGAUCAGUUCGUGGAACAACUUUACUUCAACAAGUUGGCCGAACUGCAGCGCCAGUUACAGGCUGCGGGACCCGUCAGACUUAGCCUGCCCGGGGUCGCGCCGGAGUCGGGUCGGGUUGUCAGCCCAUCUCAAAGCAUUCAGGAAUUACGUUCGGGUCCGGUUUCCCCAGCAUCCUCUGACUCUUCCCUCUCAUGGCUAGACCUGAAGUACGGUGAGGAAAACGGAUUUUAUCCAAGUCGAUUUGCUCCCGAGACGGGCAAUGGCCGCAGUCCAAAUCGGCCAGCUCCAAUCGCACGCCCUAAACCCGCCAAACUCAUUCCGCAGUCAGAUCGGGUCGUCAGUCAAUUUCAAAGCAGUCGGGAAUCGCAUUCGGGCCCGGUUUCCCCAGAAUCCCCAGAAUCCCCCUCAUGGCUAGGCCAUGAGUAUGGGGAGGAUCUUGGUAUGUAUCCAAGCCUAUUUGUUCCCCCAAAGGGCAAUGGUCACAUUCAAAAUCAGCUAGGUCCAAUUAGAAGACCCAGGUUCACUGAAGAAGAGAUCAACUAUUAA